AUGACCUCGAGAAGUCUACAGCCGUUCAUUGUCAGUGCGCCAGGUAAGGUGAUUAUAUUUGGUGAGCAUUCAGCAGUUUAUGGAAAACCAGCAAUUGCAGCAGCAUUAAGUUUAAGAUGUUAUCUAUUAGUUAUACCGUCUGAAGACUCCAAUACUUUACGAUUACAAUUUCCCGAUAUUGAACUAGAUCAAACUUGGGAUAAAAAUGAACUUCCAUGGGAUGAGGUCAAAGAUUUUAUAAAACAUGACAAAGAUGGCAGACCAGAAAUACCGAAUGAGCUAGUUCCAGAAAUCGUUGAAAAAAUAUCACCUUUAAUUGAUGGAUUUAAAGACAACAACAUACAUUAUAUUGCUAGCUUUUGUUUUUUAUAUCUAUAUAUCAAUCUAUGCAAUAAAUCUUUACAAGGAAUGACAUUUAUUGUGAGAUCAACUUUACCAAUUGGAGCAGGGUUGGGUUCAUCGGCAUCAACUUCUGUAUGUUUAUCUGCGGCAUUAUCAAAACUUGGAGGAUGGCUAAAAACACCAACAAUUAAUUUAACAGAAGAUUCACCUGUUGAAGACAUAGUAGAAUUAAAUUUUAUAGAUAAUUGGUCUUUAAUUGGUGAAAAAUGUUUUCAUGGUAAUCCUUCUGGAAUUGAUAAUGCAGUUGCUACACAUGGUGGUGCAGUAAUGUUUCAAAGAACUCCAAAACCUGAAAAAUCAUCAGUAAGAACUAAUAUACGAAAACUUCCUCCAAUCAAACUAUUAUUAACAAAUACAAAAGUUCCAAAAAGUACAGCGAAUUUAGUUGGUGGAGUUGGUAAACUACAUACUGAAUAUAAGAAAAUGAUAACUUCGAUUUUGGAUGCGAUGGAGCAUUUGGUUAAAGAAGCAUAUGAAGUAAUGAUACGACCAGGAUUUGGAGCAGAAGAAACAUCCAUUUUGAGAAAAUUAUUCAAUAUAAAUCAUGGUCUUUUGGUAGCGUUGGGUGUUUCACAUCCAUCAUUAGAGAAAAUUAAAAUAAUUGGUGAUAAUUUGAACAUUGGAGCCACUAAAUUAACAGGUGCAGGAGGUGGAGGUUGUACUAUAACAUUGGUUAAUGAUGGUGUUGAAGAAUCUGUUAUUCAAAGUGCAUUAUUAGAAUUUGAAAAAGAAGGGUAUGAUAGUUUUGAAACUUCUUUAGGUGGUAAAGGUGUUGGAAUGUUGUUUUAUGAUGAAGAAAAGAGAAAGAUAUUCACAUCGGAAUCGUUUUGUGGUUACACAAAUCGAGGUGAGGUUGAAUCAGACUUGGCUGUUGAGAACGAGCCGGCAUGGAAAUUUUGGUAA